CACACUAUUUCAUUAUUUGAAUGAUCACAAGCUUCAUAUCACAAGAAGUUAAUCCAGUCCCCCCAUCUUAUUCUCCUCCCUAUCUCUCAUUCUCAGCCUCAAACAAACCCACCUCCCAAAAUGGACCACGGCGGCCACAUGGACGGCAUGGCAAUGGCGCCGCCGAUGAUGCACCGCCGCCACAUGAUGAUGCACAUGACCUUCUUCUGGGGCAAAGACACCGAGAUUCUCUUCGACGGCUGGCCCGGCGCCGGCCACCUCGCCAUGUACCUCCUCGCCCUCGCCGUCGUCUUCUUCCUCGCCCUCGCCGUCGAGUGGUUCUCCCACAGCAACCUCUUAAAAGAGCGCCGCCCCGCCGCCGGCCUGCUGCAGACGCUCAUGUACGCCGUCAGGAUCGGCCUCGCCUACCUCGUCAUGCUCGCCAUCAUGUCAUUCAACGGCGGCGUUUUUGUCGCCGCCGUCGCCGGACACGCCGUUGGAUUUUUCUUCUUCGGGAGUAGGGCUUUUAGCAAGGGGGCGACGGAGGAUUCCGGUAACGGGAAGGGUUCAGAUCUGCCGCCGAUGAGUUGUUGAUGCUGGGAAUUUAGGGUAGGUUUUUAAAUUUUAAUUUCAAGGUUUUGUAUGAUUAAUUAAUCUAUCAUGCUUGUUUUAAAAAAUUGCACUUUAAUUUCUUCGAUUAUUAAUGUUUUUUGGGUUUUGGCU